AUGGAGAUUGUCGAGCGUCAUGGCGAUCCGGAUCUCGGUCACCUCCCCUGUCACCCAACAAUGGCAACGCUGGGCCAUCGCUCCGUGUCGCUGCCGCAGCUACAGCCGUGGAUUCGCGGCGUCGAGCACGAGGAGCGCGGCAGCGAGGCUGUUCGUGACGCGCAGUGUGGGGAGCCGGGCGACGUCCCUGAGCGCUUGCAUUCAAACAGGCCGGACGAUCAGCAAGGGCAGCCGCAGCAGCGACAGGUGCAGCAACAGGAGGAAGAGGUGCAGCAAGAGCGGCAGCAGCGGGAAGAGCAGCAGCAGCAGCAGCAGCAGCAGUCUGUCAGCGCUGUGCUAGGUCCUCGGUCCGUGGCCGUCUCGCUCACCGUCGACCACGCCUUCGGCUUCGCAUCUCCAGCAACCCUCCCGCCCGCAGUGCUCUCCGCACUCGCAGCGCUCGCGGAUUCAGCGCACCACCAGGCCGCCGGGUGCUCCGCGCACACCGCGGAGAGGACGGCGGACGGCGCCUUGCCUCCCGCGCUUGAAGGCAUCCUGCGAAAUGCACCUCCCGCCGGCCCAGGGGACACAAUUUCGGUUGAUGGGUCGGCUGUAGCAGAGAGGUAUGGGCAGUGGAGCGGCGAGAGCGGGUCCUACUCCUUGCUGCUGCCCGCUGCUGCCCCUGCUGCUGUCACAGCAACCACUGUCAGCGCAUCUGACAGUGCAAGCCCCCCGGAGGCCCAAGAAUUAGCAGCUACAGCGGCAUCAGAAACAGCCGCAUCAACAGGAGCAGGCGCCGCAGCAGCUGCUGCAGUGGCGGUGGACGCUCAAGCAGCGAGUGUGGAAACAUUACAAGGCGCGCCAGCAGGCAAGGCCAGCAGUUGGGGACUCGCCAGCGAUGCGCCUGCUGCCGUGCCAUCCGUUGUAACAGCCGAGGGGGAUGCAGCGGCGGGCGAGGGCGAGGAGGGGGCGGAAGCAGCGCUGCUGGCGGUGGAGGUGCGUUGGAAGGGCGCGCGCGCGGGGCUGAUGGGGUCCAUGUUCGGGCGCGCCGUGAAGCGCGGGUGCAGCAGCGCACAGCCCCCGCGCGGGCCGCACGGCAUGGUGCGGUGGGAGGAGGGCUUCGCGCACGACUGCCACCUGCUGCCCUGCCCCGCCGCCCUGCGCGCUGCUCGCGGGCAGGGCGAGCCGUGCGGCAAGGGCUGCCUGUUCCAGCCGUGGGAAGUGGUGCUGCUCGUGCACAAGCACGCACCCAGCAGGCCCAGGGAGCGAGCGCAGCAGGUGGCGUCGGUGGUGCUGGACGUGGCGCCGCUCGCCUCGCCGCUCUCCACGCAGCCGCUCACGCACCACCUGCUGCUCCUCUUCGCGCCCCCCGACUCGCCCCCUGUCGGCCUGCUGCAGCGGCGCAGCCGGGAGAGCAAGAGCCCCGCGCUGCCCCUGGGCGCGGCGGGAAGGGCGGGCGAGGGCGAGGGGCAGGGGGCAGCGGGCAGUGGCAGCGCGGAGCAGAGCAGCGGAGGUGGGCAGCAGGAGGAGGCCGAUUGGGUGCAGGGGGCGGACGGCGAUACAGAGUGGGAGCAGGUGGAGCGGAGGGCGAGUGAUGGCGAGGGCGAGGAGGGGGAGAGUGGGCUUGGCGGGCAGGGAAUGGAGGGGCAGCAGGCGAGCAGCGCGGAUGGGAUGGAGGCCGUGAGUGGUGGUGGUGGUGGUGACGGCCAGCGUGGGGUGGAGCUGAGUGCUGGGAACACACGGAGGCAGACAAGCGGUGCCAUGGAGCAGCAGGGAGAAAAUGGCGGCGCUGUGGUGGAGGGGGAAGGCGAGUCCCUGGCAGGCAACAGGGGGCCGUCUUGCAAUGGGGACGUGAGCGGUGGCGCGGACACAGGCGCUGGCGCGAGCACAGUGUGGGAGAAGGCAGGGGAGGAUGCGGAGAGGGGGGAGGGAGGAGAGGCAGAGAGUGAGUGUGAGGAGGGCGAGGAGGAGAUGGUGGCAGCGGAGGCGCUGUGCUACGGGCCGCUGGCAGAGUCCUUUCUCCUUCCGCCCUUCCUCCCAGCCAAGCCCCUUGCUGCCACCUCGGCGGGGAGCGGGGGUGGGGGCGGAGGGGGUGCGGGCGUGGGUGCAUUCCUGCGGCGGCCGCUGCUCUUCCUGCGCACGCUGUCGCUGCAGGAGAGGGGCGAGCCGCUGCUGCACAAGGCGUACGGGGAGGAGGGCGGCGACGAGAUCGACUGGGACAGGCGCAAGGCACUCGAGGCGGAGCAGGAGCAUCCCCUUUACAAGCUGCCUCUGGAAGAGCAGCAGGCAGCGAGUGCGGGGGAGGCAGAGGCAGGAGCGGUGUCCCCGUCAGCAUCGAGCGUGCGGGAGUUGUUUGGAGACGAGUUCCGGGUCGGGCAGUGGGAGCGCCGCGAGGUGGUGAGUCGCGACGGCACGGCACAGCUGUGCGCACCUGUCUUCCUAGCAACAGUGGACCAGUGCCACGCCAGUGCCGCAGGCGAGGGCGCAUGCGCGCUGCUGGUGGCGCACAUAGCGGCGUGGGUGCAUGCACACGGGGAGGGCACGCUGCCAGGGCAGGCGGAGCUGGACGAUCUCAUCCGUGCGGGGUCGGCGGACUGGCGGCGCCUGCGCGCCCUCAGCGACUUCCACCAACGCUUCCCCGAUGGGCACUUUGACCUUGAUACCGUGCUGGCUGCCGUGCAGCACUCCCAUUCCCACUCCGAUGCACCCCCUCAUGUGCACACAGAUCAUGGCGGGCAGGCUGUGGGUGCAGAGGCCAACAGCCAGGCACCUGAUAAGGAUGGUGGAGGAAACACGGACCCUGGUGCCCCCCACUCUGGCAGCAGCAGCGGCGGCUCCCACAAUGGUGGUGAGGCGGCAGGCAUGCCCCGGCUGCCGCUGUGUGUGGUGCCCAGCCAGUCUUUCGUGGGGUUCUUCCACCCGCCCUGCCUUGCUGCCAGGCGCGCCAAGGAGGACGCGGCUCGCACGCAGGGCAGCAGCACAGCAGAGGGUGAUGCCGCGGAUGUGAACAGGGGCGAGGUGGGAGUGAGCACUGUGGAUGAGAGCGGAAGAGAUACAGACGAGGGGGAUAAGGGGAAGGACGAGGAAGUAGUGGAGAAGAGCACACGCAGUUCGCCAGACGUAGAAGCUAAAGGCAAUGGGGCUGAAGCGUCGUUGGAAAGAGGAAAGCAAGAGCAGGCUUCUUGUUUGGAGUGCGCAGAAGACGCGGGGGAGAAGAGCGUGGGGGAGAAGGGUAUGGAGGACAAGGGUAUGGAGCAGCUGGCGUUUCUGGAGGGCAUGCUGUCGUUUGAUGACAUCUGGGAGGCGGUGGUGCAGGCAGGCGAGGGCGUGUACAUCAUGGCGUGGAACGACCACUUCUUCCUGCUCCUCCUGCGCCGCCCCCAACCCCGCCAGCACCAGCCCCACCACCAGCAGCACGGGCGUGCGGCGGUGCAGGCAGCACUGGAUGGGGCGGCGGGGAAGCACACAGGUGAAGGCCGUGACGUAGCCCAUGGUGGCACAGGGGGGGAGGUGAGUGGGGGCGAGGUGGAGUGUGUGGUGAUUGACACGCUGGGCGAGCGGCUGCACGAGGGGUGCUCGCAGGCCUUCAUGCUGCUCUUCGACUCCUCCUCCUGGGUGGAUGUGGGCCUGCCGCCCCCAGCAGCGCCUGGAAGCACUGUUGUAGGUGGGGCAGGCGCAGCAGGAGGAGGAGGAGGAGAGGGUGGUGCAGGUGACGGUGGUGGGGGGCAGGCGAAGGUGCAGGGUACUGGUGACAGCAGUGAGCAAGGCGGCAGGGCAGACGAAGCAGAGAGGGCAGAGGGUAGGGCAGGCGGCGUUGGUGCUCAGGUGCCCAAGGUAGAGACAGGCAAGCGAUGGGGUGUGAAGGCAGGCAAGGGCAGUGGCAAGAGUAAGGAUGGCAGUGGGAAGGGCAAAGGCAGCAGUGGGGUAAACACUGGAGCAGGGGGGGUGGGUUCCCAUCCACAUGGGGUGAACGAUACGGUGAGAUGUGAAGUAGAUGUUGCUAAGGGGGUAGACGUGAAAGAGGGAACAGCACAAGGAACGCAUGUGGCAGAGGUUGAGGAGGUGGUGCCUCAAGCAAGGCAAUUAAAUGAGUGCAUCACUCUGCUCCCUGCCGACACUCAUGGCAUGCCCACAGCCAUCACUGUCACUUCAACCCAUGUAGAUAGUCCUUCGGCAGACACCUGCAGCCCACCAUGCGGAGAUGAGUCAGCAUCCACUGCAGCUGACUCAGUGCUUCCUACAGCAGUGCAUGCAGCCGAGGCAACAUGUCUUCUGACACACACUGACGGUCCAGCACAGUCACCCAUACACGAGACAAAAGCCAGCACCACCAAUUUUGACGGGUGUGCAAGCACUAAGCAGCCCACCCAAACCGUGUCGUGCGCUGCUGGUUCGUCUCGUGCCUGCACCGCCACCGCCUCCCCUCCCACCUCGGCGGCACCUGCUUGUGGUGGGGAGGGCGAGGGGGACGCAGCUCCGGUGACCGCAGGGAGGAGGGUGUGGGGAGCGGAGGCGUGCCGCGAGUACCUCAAGGCGUUCCUGGCGGCGGUGCCGCUGGCGGAGGUGGAGAGUGACCUGCGCAAGGGGCUGCUGGCGUCACCCGAAGCCAUCCACCGCCGCCUGCAGGUGGAGCUCCACUUCACCCGCCUCCUCUGA